GAGGCCAUCUUGUCGAGACGCCAAAUUUAUGAUUGAACGAGGGACCCUAGAGACUCCUCUAUAAGAGUCCCUAGACACUCCAAACGAGGUUAUGAAACAAUAUUUACAUCUCAAUAAAUAAUAUUGGAAAAAUGGUUUUUAAGUGCCAAAGCGACCCUUUCCUCAAACAGUUCACCACCAGGGUGGUCUCUUGCCAAAAAGUCCCUCCAGAAAAACAUCUGGAAACCCCCUGUGCAGCACUUUAUGAAGUGAUCCUGGAGGACACCAUUUUAUUCCCUGAGGGUGGAGGCCAGCCCACAGACUAUGGCACCAUAGACUCCGUGGGGGUUAAAAAAGUGUUUAGGAUGGAAGACAAGGCGGUCCACCUGACCACCGAACCUCUGGAGGUCGGUAAAGUGGUAACUGAACAGGUGGACUGGACGAGGAGGUUCGAUCACAUGCAACAACACUCGGGGCAGCACCUCCUCACUGCUUUAUUGGAUAAGGAGUUUGGGUUUGCCACUGUAGGCUGGUCUUUGGGGAGGGAGGUGUCUUUUGUGGAGUUGGAUACACCUCAGAUGAGUGAGAGUGAGAUGAGGCUAGCUGAGGGAAGGGUUAAUGAGGUGAUCCGGAUGGGCAAGGAGGUUGUUGAGGAGGUUUUCGAGGAGGGGGAGGACUUGGCAGAUGUGAGGGCCAGAGGCCUCCCCGAAGACCACAAGGGCCCCAUAAGAGUAAUCAACAUCAAAGACAUCGACAGAAACAUGUGCUGCGGCACUCACGUAACGAACUUAAGCCAGUUACAAAUGGUGAAACUAUUAGGCACAGAAAAGAGCAAAAGAAAAGAUAAAAUCCUGUUAAACUUCCUUGUAGGCAACAGGGUGCUGAACCGCCUCACGGAAUGCCUUAACAGAGAACAGAAGCUUCUGGGGCUCUUAAAAUCCAGCCCUGCCGAGCAUCCGGAUAUGGUCCAGAAGCUCCAAUUAAACGUGAAAGCCUUGACUAAGGGAUCGCAAGGGCUGCAAAAAGAUUUGGCCAAACUGGAGGCCGAAAAGCUAAAAACCGCCUCGCCUAAACCAAAAUUUUAUGCAAAACAUUGGAAAGAUGCUUCUGCAGAUCUUAUGGGGCAUUUCCUAAGGGAAUUAGGGGAUAAUUCAGGAAUUUUUCUGUUCUUAAGCACAGGAGAUGAGAAGUUGGUGGGGAAUAUAAUGCUUAGUGGCUCGGAAGAGGAUGUUGGCACCCUAGGACCUAAGUUAUGUGAGCUGUUGGAAGGCAAAGGGGCAGCCCAAAAGACAAGAUUCCAGGCCAGAGUGUGCAAAAUGGCAAAACGCACCCAAGCCCUCGCACUUAUUAAGGAACACUUUGAUAGGUUGUAAAUAAAUAGCGGUUUUGUUUG